AUGUGUUGGCACAAGUAUCCAGGCACGAUUGAAUUACUGGAGUAUCUUCGCAAAAAGGGCCUGAUCAUAGGGGUGAUAUCGAAUUUCGAUGAGAGACUGGAAGCGAUACUCGAAGACACGAGAAUACGUUUUUAUUUCUCCUUCGUUUUAACGUCUUAUGAUUUUGGCAUGGAGAAACCGCACACCUCGAUAUUCGAUGAAGCGCUUAGGUUAACAAAAGAACGACAUAGUAUCGACGUUGCUCCCCAGGAGGCGAUACAUAUCGGCGAUUCUGUCAGUAACGACUACAAUGGCGCGAAAAACGCUAAUUGGAAUGCGUUACUCAUUAAACGCGAUGACGAUGUUACUGGCGAUAAAGAAAUUCCUGCAGAGAAUAUAUUUAGAAAUCUUGAAGAUUUGAGACUAUACUUUUCUACGCUUCUUAAUUCGGACGCGAAGCGUAUAUAA